CGGAUGAGCUCGGAGAAGAAGUUGCACAGCUCAGAUUCUCGUAAGGCAGAAAAGCAGAUUAAUUAGGCUUGGUUUAACUUAGCGAUGUUGGAAAGUACUUUUAAUGAGUGUGAUGAAGACGAGAAGGGUUUCCUAUCACGAGAAGAUCUCAAAGUGGCUGUGGUCAGACUCAUUGGAUACAAACCAUCUAAGUUUGAGGUGGAUGAGCUGAUGAAAAACAUAGAUGGGCCUGGUAUGACGUCGAAUGAAUUCAUAUCUGCGAUGAAGCCCAAAUUGGCAGCACUGGACCCAGAUGAACACAUCAGACAAAUAUUUGUUGCAUUUGACAGCAAAUGUAGAGGAUUCCUGACUAUGGAGGAUGUAGAGAAGGCAUGCAAGUUGGUAGCUCCAAAGAUUCAGCCUCAUCGAGUCCAGAAAGCUUUCAGUGAACUAGAUGGAGAUGGUGAUGGUCGUGUAAGCUACAGAGAUUUUGAGUUCAUGAUGAAGUACAGUCUAGCUGAUGGCUUAUGAAAGAACAUUGUCUAUGCUUCAUUCUGUGACCUGCACAAGAGUAUGAUGAUGUUGAUGUGAGCAUUGGCCGCCUGGAAAGCCCUGAAUGCAUCAGAGAGUGGACCUCCUGUACUACAGGCCUCCAGCUGCGCCGACCUUCAUGAUGGUAUCAAACAGAACGAAAGCUCAUCUGCUUUGGUAGGCUGAAUGUAUCUGUGAGGAUGGCCUGACCGUGUUGGUGUAUACUGAUGAUUGGAUCAUGCUCAGUGGCAUCUUACGAAUGGCCUCAUUCAUUAGGCUUUUGUUUGACUCGAGAAUGUGUGCCCAAACCUGCCGGAAGUCUACAGAAUGUGUGUUUUAAAAACUGUCGAAAGUCUGUUUCAGUUUAGUCUAGAAUGAGAUGCUGUGAUGUGUGUGAAGGUAUACAGUGUACUUCUCUGAUGGAGCCGAGGAUGACACACAGUGAAAUUGAUUCACAAGUAUGCAAUUAAGAUGCUUACCUUGAUAAACAUGUAUCAGGACUACGCACAACCAUGUGACCUCUCUCUCAUACACCAAAUAAUACUGUGGUCAAAAUGAAACAAGCCAGAAGCUGAGAUUUGGUGUGCAAAACUUUACUGCUGCAAUUUUACAAGAAAUAUUGUUUUGUUGAAUUAAUGAUAUUGGUGUACCCCGUGGCUGGGGCAAGGCCUACUUUGCCCUCUGUGAAAUGAGCAAAUUGGUAAACCAAACACAAUGAUGUAGAACAGUAGAAAUGUUAACUUGCCUAUCUAAUUGACUUAUUGUUUUAAUUUCAUUUGGGAAAAUGUUUGUUAAUGUUUUUGUUUUUUAAAUAUCUAGCUGUCACACU